UCGUCUCCCUUAGAUAUUUUCUUAUUCCCGGUCACAGUUGUCUAAAAUACCCUCUCCCCGCUUGGUUCUAGCUGAAAGAAAAUCUGAUUUUUCUUCUAUUUGGCGUUGAUUUUUGCUUCUGGCGUAUUAAUCUCCCAUCUCCCUUUUAGGUAUUUGCUUCUGGCGUUGAUAUUUUCAACAUUUUUAUUUGCUAACGGUGGUUGUUUUGGGAUGGCUUGGGGGCUAAAACCAAGCAUUUAAAGAGAUACGUUGAAUGGCACAAUUUAAGAGGAAUCCAUGCGGUUACUUUUGCAGUAGAUGUUAAUGAAUUGCUAUGGUUUGAUCUCGAUGUAAGGCUCAAGCGACGUAUAUCUGAACUGAGAAAUGAGUUGGCCGAGUGGGUUUUGGAGAAAGAGGAAGAUGGUCGUCAAAGUUGCUUCAUUUUCCAUGUUUUUUGCAACACUAGCUUGUUGAUAUAUGGUUCACUUCUUGAUAGUUUUCUGGGAAGAGAUAGAUUGAGAGAGAAAAUAAAAAAAGUGAUUAUUGAUUCAGGAGCAGCUGGCCCUUUUAAUCCUAAGGUCUGGGCAGCCGGUUUAACUGCUGCUAUACUGAAGAAACAGAGCUAUUUAGUAAAUGGAUUAGGAAGUGCAGUGACUGAUUCAAAGUUAUAGAAAGAGGAACCUGGGAUGAUCGAAGCUGUGGUGAUAUCUACCCUGGAAAAGUUCUUUGCUUUCAUUCUAAAUAUGCCCGAUGUGAACCGGUUCGUGUUCAACAUUUAUAAAGUUGAAGGCAGGCCUGAGAAUAAACAGACAAUUUAUCCAAUUCCUCUUUUGGUCCCUAAGGUGCCACAACAAAGAAAUGGUAAAGAAUGUGGGAACUUUGUUCUCUAUUUCAUAAAGUCAUUUGUCGAAAGCGUCCCGGAGAACUUUAGCAUUGAAGAUGAAAAAGGACUGGUUCACUGCUGAAUAAGUGGAACACUUUUGUGAGGGGCUCGAUUCUCCAGCAUGUGAUUUUCAUUAACUUUAGAAAUGACAUUUUUUAUGAGCUUUUUUUUAUGUGAUCAGUUAGCUUAGA